AAACACUAACACUGAAAAAUCAAAAACAAUUUUGUUUCUCUAUUUUGCCUGCAAAGGUUGUGUUUCCAUUGAAAUCUCCAUCCAAUAACACAAAUAUGCAAACCCUAUCAUUCUCUCUCACCAAAACCUUCAUCACAAAUCACAACCACCAUAGUUUCUUCCACCACACUCUCUCCUCCACCCUCCCCAAGCCAUCUUCCAAAAGGGUUAUAGUCCGUGCCCAGAAACCCAAACCCAAUCACGGUAACAAUGGGAGUUUGAGGCUGAAGGGAAACAACAAGAAGAAUGUGUGGAGUGUUGAUAAUGAACUUGCCAAGGUGGGUUCUUCUCAGAAAGAUAAGAAAUGGAAAGGGAAGAAGAAGAUGGUUAAGAGGAAUAAGGGUGGUCGUGUUGUUGUUACUGAGGCUAUGUUGAUGGAGGUUGAAACUGUUCUUCAGACUCAGGAACCGGUAAUAAAACCAGCAUGGAACACAUUUGCUAGCAGUCUCAGCGGAAUUUGGAAAGGUGUAGGUGCCGUGUUUUCUCCCAUCACAGCUGAAAUGGAACCAAUGGACAUAAGUGUCAAGAAUGAAAACCUUUACGACUGUUAUAUUCUUUCCCGAAUAGAGGAAGUGCCAUCGCUCUUGGAUGAACGUACCUCUCAAAUCAAAAGAAAGGUUAAUUGGGUGACUUUGAAUCCUUAUGGUGAAAUGCAACAACAUGUUGAAGGCAGCAAAGUAGCUAAGAAUGGUUCCGGUGAAAAAAUAGCAAAUCGUGUUUUGCCUACGUUUGAAUCCUUCGACUUUGAAAGAAGUGAUGUGAUGGAAGAAGAUGUCAUGGGUUGCGAACCGGGCCUCGUUUACUUUGAAGAUGGUUCUUAUUCUAGGGGUCCUAUGGAUAUUUCGGCGGGUAAAGACGAUGAUUCGAAGUACUAUAUCACACCAACUUUCAAGUUUGAACAAUGCUUGGUUAAAGGCUGCCACAAAAGGAUCCGCAUUGUCCAUACGAUAGAAUUCAUAAACGGUGGUUCAGAAAUACAAAUAAUGAGAGUUGCUUUGUACGAAGAAGAAUGGGUCAGUCCUAUUUGUGUUGAUGACCUGAGCGGCGAUAUGGAAUUUGAUUUAAAGCCAUUUUCACAAAGAAAAAGAACCAAGCCAUCGGAGUUGACAGGGUCAUGGAAAGUCUUUGAAAUCAGCGCGACUCCGGUAUAUGCCGAGGAGACAAAGAUAGAAGAAGAAGGCAACGCUGCUCCAUAUGUCUACCUUUGUACGGAAACUCUGAAGAAAAGAAGCUCGCGUGAUAGUACGAAUUACUUCGGGGAGGAGGAGAGAGUUGACAUGCAAGAUAUGACAGUGCUAUGGCUUCCUGGAGGAGUGACAUGCUAUGUUGAUAUCGAUAAGGAUGGUGUUCUUUGUAUUGGAGUUGGUUGGUAUUCUGAUGAAGGAAUGAAUCUUGUGAUGGAAAGAGAUUAUGGUUUGGAUGGAAAACUUAAAGAUGUUAGAUCGAAAUCAGAGAUGAAGAGAAGGUGGUCUAAUCCACCUAAUGUAUAAAUUAUUAUGAGGAUUGAUUAACAGAUAGUAAAUUGUUUAGUAUGAUUAAUUUUACAAAAGAAUAUUCAAUAUUAUACGUUCAUUAAUUAA